CCCGACUGACGUUUGCCAAAGUAGUCGGUCGCACUGCAGAGGCGCUGCAGUAGAGGCGCAAAAUACAACGCUCGCGCGCGGUUGCUGGCGUGUUUGAUGUGCUCUGGAUAGUGCGAUCGAUAGCGUGUGCUGUGCUGCUGCUGUUGGUUUCCAGACUGGGUAGCAAAAUUGCAUGCGAACUGUUGCAGAACAUGGAAGCUACGUGCUAAUUUCGGUUUGCAGUCUGGGACGGAAAGAAGAGCACUGUGGCAACGAAAAACAAUAAUGAUUAAAUGCAGCGAAGAUCCCGGUGAGAGAUAGAAGCUGUAACAUAUACGGUUUACAAAAAAUAAAACAUCAUUUGACAUCAUUUUUUCUCGCGAGUGUUUGAACGGGUGUGAUCUGAUAGGUGCCAGCGUACGUCCGAUCAUAUAUUUUUUCCUCCGCCUUUUCUGACUGAUGGCAAUCGGUAAAGCCACUCGAAAAGGUUGACGAGAAAGAUAGAGCAAGAGAGAAGGCGAAAAAAGUGUGAUUAGAAGAAGAUUUAACGGAUCAGUGAUAAAUUGCCGAGUGGAAUAAAACGGCAACAUAAUAGCAGCGCUAAACCCUAAGUGGAACUGGCCGCGUGUGAUAGAGAGAGUGCCGACCGAGCCGAUUACCGGUUGGUGAGAAAGGCUUGGCUGAUGCCAUCAAGCUAUUUCCAGCUUGCGAAACAAGGUCAAUAGAGGAGAAUUCUUUUCGUGUUUUUCCUCUGUUAUUGUUAAUCAGUGGAGUGGUGAAUUUUGAUUAGUGUGAAGUGGAAGAAGAAGAAGCAAAUAAGGGGGGAAUCGGCUAAUUAAUCGUUCUAGUUUGAGAAAUCGUGCCUGGUGGAAAUUGUACACGGAUAAUUGAUUCAUUACCACAACGAGAGAGUCGUCGCAGUGAUUCGAUACUUCUUGCUUUGCUUGCUUCGGCACCCGGUGUAAUUACAGCCAAGUGUACAGCGAGUGAAUACGCGGAACUGGAACCAGUGGUGCGGAGAAAAAAACUUCAAUACCUGACUGCUGCUGCAGCACGAGGCUAGCGAGAACUUUCUGUCUCAUCGGUGGAAUCCAUUACCAUUGUUUACCGAAUUUGAGUAACCUGAACUGCUGCUACCUGCAAGAAGUCCUUGACAGCAUAAAACAAACUAGAUUGGCACACAAUAUCACAGAGCGGCGAGUGCCGACCGACACCGCUGGGAUUGACGGUUUAGCAGGUGGAAUUCCAAAAAUGUUACAACCUAAUAAAUUAUUUAUGAGCAUUUAGUGCAAUCAUCACAAAAGUGGGUGAGUUUGCUGCAGCCUCAAAGGCGAAGCCGGCGUUCGCGCGAACAGAAAGAGACAGACAGGUGCGGUGUGCCUCUGAACUGCAACUAGAUCGUGACGAUCGGCCCCGAACAGCGCGCGGGAGUCGCGAGCAGUAAGCGAAAGUGAAACCAUGGAGAAAUAUGUAACCGUUGUGUCGGUCGAUGAUCAGCCAGCUUCUAGCAGCAGCCCGGCCGUGGAGAAGGGUGAGAGUGACCACCACCAGCGGCAGCUACCAAAUGUAGACAUUAAGGAAGUGUCGGCAGGAGGUGUGCCAACGUCGGCAGUUGAUUCCCAGUUUGUGACAGUGGUGUCAAUAAGCCAUGGUGCGGUUGGUAUGGAAGAAUUGGAACCAGAGGUAGUGCUGGUAUAUCGACUGCCUGGAGAGCGGUUGGGAUUUGGGCUUAAGUUUCAAGGUGGCACGAAAAAUAAUGAAAAAAUUCAGCGAUUAUUCAUUCAGUCAUGCGCAGAAAAUAGUCCUGCUUCGCGGGUUCAGGCCAGUUGGGGAUAUCUCAGGGAAGGCGAUGAGAUUCUAGAGAUUGAUGAAGUCAGUGUGACGCGAAUGACUCGAAUCGAGUGCGUGAAGUGUUUGAAAGAAAGUAAUUUAGCUAUCAAGCUCCUGGUAAGAAACGGUGAAGGUAAAGUACAAAACUUUUACGACGAAAACGGAGACGUUCCGGACAGAAAAAGUGUUCCACCUCCACCGCCUCCGGUUCCGCCACGGAAGUUGAACAAACGAAAGUCCGUGGAUCUGGCUGUUAGCCAUGACCCCCCGGUAAAGCAACUCGUUGAAAUUGUGCAUCCACCCGAUGCAGAGGUGUAUUCGAAUCUAUUUUCGGAUGAUAUCAGUGAUUUAAUCAGCGAAUCCGACGAUACUGCCAGUACAAUUUCCACAGUCAUAGAUAAGUACUCCAUUUGUUCUAGUCUAUCAUCCGAAGAUUACACAAUUUCGUCUAACCCUAGCAGCUUGGAACUAGCAAAGGCUCUGAAACCGUUCACACUUUUGGAAAAAGAAUUCAACCUAGAGAGUAAGUUGGAAAACAAUCUUUUCACCUUCCAGCCAGCCUCGGUGAAUGUAGUCCAAUUGGAGGUGGAAGCCGAGCCUCUGUCUAAUGAUUACGAAAACGUCAGCAUAAACAAAAUCGAAGAAAACAAAAACUACGAAAACAUCGUAGUGCACGCCAGCGACCAUCAACCACAAAACUACGAAAAUGUUACCAUUCAAGCCGUUACAGAACCUCAGCCAUACGAAAACGUAACAAUCACAACCUCAUCCAGUGGCACUCCGGAGCCAGCAGUUUACGAAAAUGUUGACCUCAAAUCUCCCCCACGGCCACUUCCCAGACAAGCAGCAGCAGCAGAACAGAAAAAGCGAGCCGCCCCGGUUGCUAAUGUGGUUGCUCCACCGCGCCAAAAGUCCCCACGAAUGGCACCGUUGCCACCGAUUCCACCACAAUUGCCUCAUGAAUUUAAUACCAUCCAAAGUUGGCUUCAGGAAGCCACCGAAGUCAUCCAUGAAUGCGCACUAACCGCCAAUAGUGCUGAAGCGGCGAAGAGGGAAAAAUCACCUCUCCGCAAUGCCGGUAGCAAUGAAAAUCUCCCACGGUUAAUUGAUUUCCAUCCGAAAGUUUCUAGUCCCUUUAAAGCCUCUCCGCAGCCGACGAUCAUAACGAUCGACAAUGUUCAAAUUGAAAACAGCGAACCGACACCGGAACAAACGGUGUCCGUGAAAAAGUGUAUCAAAAUAAUCGCCAACGAUGCGAACGCAAUGAGCACCAAUUACAUCGAAAGCUCCGACGAUGAAGAGGAAGAGGACGAGGACGAAAAUGAUGAGCAGGAGGAGGAGGAUGAGGAGAGAAUUUACGAGCCGGCCCAGAUGGAAGAAGAUCGCCAACUGCGCUGUUACGCUGAGAUCGCCGGUAUGGGAGCUUUCGACAGUUACAGCGACGAGGACGGCGAAAAGCUCGGUCCGCCGGAGAUUAUCGACGGUGGUCCGUCGGAGGCGUACUUCAACUACCAUUGGACGACGACGCUACUGCCGCCCAUCGGUGAGGUGGAGGAAGAGUUUUCCUCGCUGGAGAAUCAGCAGAGCGGCCCAAUCGUCAUAAUCGACACUGCUGAGGAAACGUUGUUCAACGACUCCAACAACAACCAGCAUCGGGAACCGAAACCCAAGCUCAAUGGCCAUUCUUCAGGUGAGACGCAUCAGUUGGGUUCGGAAAAUUCCGUUGGUAAACCAGUGUUGGCGUUGGUUCCGGCAACGAAAAUCGAAAUCUUCUGUUCAACACCAGCGCUUCAAAAACCGUCCAGUGAUCCUCCGGCCAGGUCCUCCAAUCGUGCUUUCCCCGGUGCUGGCGAUGGGCAUAGUAAACAAAGUGACGUAAUCGGAGCUGUUGAUGACACCGUGGAACAAGAAACAGCUGGCGGCGAUAUGCGCCGUAAGCAAAGUAGUAGUGACACUGCUGAUAAGAGCCAAGUUCAACCGAAUGCCGUGGAGGUACCAACAGCAGCAACAGCAAUCGCAACGUCCGAACUAAACCGAACCGAACGAGAUGCCGAAAUGCGUUUAGAUCAGUUGAUGAACGACCUCGUUGAUGAUAACGAGAACUCUUCUACACAAUCGAUUGUUGUCACGAUGGAGGUAGAUUCAACACCGGAGGAAGUUAGUGUUCCGCAGGUGGAAGCGAAAAAUGAAUCCGACCGGGAUGUAGACCAAGAGUCUAAUAAUACCCAGGAAUUUUGCGACGAAGAUAUGGGACUGCUGGUGCCCGUUGGCGAUAGUGUGGACAGUGAUUUUGAGGAGUUGGUCAAAGCACAACUGGACGGUGACAAUUCUGCAAAUUCAGAGCAAAUUCAACAGAUUCAUGAGAGAAUCAUUGUUGGAAUUGAACGCUCUAGCACUAGUGGCGAUAGUGGUAGUGAAGUGGAAGUGGAAAGUGCGGUCCCGAAAAUCGAUGAGUUACGCACGGGUGAUUGUGUGAAUGAUGACGCGAAACAAACAACUCCGAUGGACGUUCCAGAUUGUGGAUUAGACAGAGAUGCAGCUGAUGCUGACGAGCAACCGACUCGGAAUUAUCAAGAAUCAGGCAGCUCUUCUCCGGCAGCACUGACGCCGACGGCUGGUGUCCCCACCGGUAGCAACAGUAGCAGCGCUACUACCCUCGACGACGAACCGACCGGCAGCCCGACUGCCACGAUUAUGGACCAGAUGAAUAAUGUGGUGACGACAACGACGACAGCGACUGCCAUUGCCAGUACCGUCUACCAGCAGACCACUCCUGUGGCCACGAGCGCCGGGUUCCUGCACAAACUAGCGGCAGCACCGCCGGCCUUUUCACGACUGCCACCGGACGGGCAUGAGUUCCCGCCAAACUUCAGCGAACCAUCGUCCAACGGUAGCGGCGUCGCAGCGACGACGAUGACAGUUCUCAACGGAAACAGUGCGAUCCCGCUCGGUGCCAAGGGGGAUAAACAUUCCAGCUACGACGACAUUCCCGAUCUACCGAAAAGCCAUCCACCGGCCGUACCUCGCAAGGUCUUCCGCCAGGAUCUGGUACUGAAGCAGCUGGACCAGAACCAACCGGCUGAGCCGCAAAUCUUCAAGAAACCUCCGAUCUUCCCGUCGCCAGUUCGCAGCAAUUCGCUGGUGGCCGAUAGUUCUCCCAAUGGAACCGGCAAAGUGCCAACGAAUGGCGACGAAACCCGACGCCGUUCCUUCGAUAUACACGAAAUCAACAAACCUCCGUCGCGAGUUACUUUGGUUGGAUCGAAUUGGCGCAAAGAUGAGAAAUCCGAGCGGAGUGUGCGCGAUAAGAUUGCCAUGUUCUCGCAUGGAUCCGGCAACGGAGGCGGCGGAGCGGAAAACGAGGCCCCGCAGUCGUUGCGCAAGUUUAGCAAAGAUUUCACCAAGAGUUCGGAGAAUCUACUUGGUGCCGGUGAAGGUGGUUACUCGCGAAAGAGUGUUGAUCCUAUUGAAACCUAUGCCACCCUGAGAAAGAAGGCACAUAGCGUGGAAAAUUUGGACGAGGUCGAUAGUAUUCCAACUGGUGCAGAGUUCAAGGCUUCCGAGAGUAAUGGCUACAAAACUAAGUUCAGCUUGGAGACGUCUAAACCGGUGGUUUUGGGAAAAGCGUACAGUGUGGAGAAUUUGAAUCCUUCCAAUGGGAUUAAAUCUUCGGGUGAGGAGAGUAACAAGCUUGAAAGCGCAGGGUUAUUCGGAAGUGCCAAGAUUCUAUCGAGAACCACUAGUUUUUCUGGUUAUUCCAACGGAAAUAGCUUGGCAUCGAUCAGCAAUACUAAUAACGUUGAAGAGAGGAGAAAGUCAUCGAUUACUAGCCUCCUGGAGCAACGAAAGAAAUCAAUGUCCAAGUUAAGAGGUUUAGUCAUUCCUGAAAAAGUGCCAGAGACGGAAGUUCUUCAGGAUUCCAAAAUAAUCGGUCUUCCUAUUAUCAAGAGCAAGGAUUCGGAGAAAAUCUUUUCCUCAAAUGUACUUAAUAAAAUCCCGGAAAAUUCUUAUGGCAGAAAAACGGCAACACUUCCGACUCCUGUGAAAGCCACCGGAAGCAUCUUUAAUACAAUGGCUGCGCCGAAACCACCUUCGGAAGUCGGUGGUACAUACAAAAGCAUUUUCCGCAAUCUGAACGGUUCUUCUCCAAAAAUGGAACCCAAGGCCGAGUUUGAUGAACAAGGUUUGCGUCGACCCCUGGGACUAGUCCCGCCAGCAAAGCCACCGCGAACCUCUCUCACCUAUCCGCCGACGAAGGGUCUGGACCAGCGCAGUCAAACUACCGAAGACGAAAGUGACGACAGCGAUUCGGUGCUGAGUUCCCGAGUGUCUACGCCUCCGGUUUCCCCGGUCGCUCCGUCACCACCGGAAAAGUACGUUCUGACGCGAACACUCAGCUCGGAAACGAACACUUCGAUUGCAAGCUCCAACUCGACGCUGACUUCCAGUUCCGGAUCGCAAGCGAGCUGCAGUUCGGUCGGAAGUACACCAGCAAUCGAUAUGAGCCGUCGUAUUUCGAAAUCUUCGUCGAGCGAAAUGAGCAUGAACCGGAAGAAUGUGCUGGCUUCCGCUAAGAGUCGCAGUGGACGGGGGGAUUUGAAGAUCGAAGAUGCGACCAACGGAAAAGCCAAGCGCUACGAAGAUGGAGAUAGCACGGAUGGGUACGAAGAGGAGGAAAGACGGAAAUCGAAGUCGAAACCGAGAGGUUCGGUUGGAAGUGUUAAAAGCGCAUCGAAUGGCUUCGAAGAAAAGGAAAUAACCCACUACAAGGUGGUGGAUGCGGUAGACAGUAUUGUAGAUAAGGUGAUAAAGGUCGCUUCCUAUGUGGAGGUGGUUUCCGACGUUGAGGAAAAUGCAGGCCUUGAGACGGAAGUGGUUAUUCCGAUGCAAAAACCGGUAGAGCCUGUAAGAGAGAAAAACAGUUUCAGCAAAUCCAAUCCGGUUUCGACCGAAAGCGGAUCGGCAAAUACAAUGUCCGAUCUGGCCAAGUGGGUUCGCCACGAAGCAGCAAAAACUAUUAACAGUAAGGAAAGCGAGGCACCUGCUCGAGUGGACGUCAAAAAGUUUACUCGUACAAUUUCUGAACAGACAACAAAAAUAAGCGAAGAACUUAAACCCGCGGUUAAACGGGAACUACGUUCAUCGGUGGAUACGAAAAAACUAAACCUCGCCGAAAUUCGAAAGUCUUUCGAAGCUAAAUCGAACAAUAGCACGGUUGUUCCGUCGCCUGUUCGAACUGCACCGAAAGAAAAUCAUGGACCGGCAACUGGUAAAACGCAACCUGUCACAAAUAAUCACGAUCGUUUCUCGUCCUGGGAUUCGCUGGCAUCUUCCUCGUCGGGCGUUUCUUCCCUGCAGGCCAACAGCUUGCUAAGUAACGCGGUUGCCAACUGCACCGGCUCAUCACAGACGCUCCAGAGCACACCUUCCGACUACGGAAGCUUCUCGUCGCUGGGCAGCAGUCACAGUCUGAUCACCCCGCAAGAUCUUCAGCUGAUCAUCGAAGAAGCGGACCCUCCACUGGCCACGCCGGAAGCGUUCGUCAUUGUUCUGCAGCGUGAAACACCGGAGUCCAGCAUUGGAAUCACGCUGGCAGGUGGUUCCGACUACGAGGCGAAGGAAAUUACGAUCCAUAAAAUCCUGAACAACUCACCGGCGGAGAAAGACGGUAGACUGCGUCGUGGAGACCGGAUUCUGUCCAUCAAUGGAUUAAGUAUGCGUGGACUGACCCAUCGUGAAUCGUUGAGCGUACUUAAGACACCCCGUCCCGAGGUUGUCAUGGUGAUAACUCGCUCCAAGUCACUGAUCGCUGACAACAGCCUGCUGGCCAAGAUCAAGCGACCAUCGCUAGGCUCGCUUAGCUCAUUGGCCGAGAAGAACGAAAUUCCCGACUACGAACGUAAAAUCAAAAUCCAGCACAAGGCAUCGCGUUCACUGGAUCUGGACUUGGACAUUGCGUCCAACGAAGCGGAAAGUGUCUUUGAUGGAACCGCUUCCGAAGAUGGUUUGCUCUCCGCCGAUGAAUCCAAAUGUUCCUCGAUCACUCCCGCUAGUGAUGAAAUCGUUGCACCAAUCAUCGAUGGGCGACUGGUGGAAAUAAUUAAGGACGGUGCCGGCCUUGGCUUCUCCAUCGAGGGAGGUUUCGAUUCGCCCGCCGGAAACAAACCGCUGCUGAUUAAAAAGAUAUUUAUGGGUGGUGCAGCGGAAAAAUCCGGUUUACUCAAGGCCGGCGAAGAAAUUGUUGCCAUUAACGACAUCGUGAUCGAACGUAUGACCCGAAUACAGGUCUGGAAUAUGAUGAAGAAGCUACCGAACGGAGUCGUCAAAAUUACGCUCAAGUAAAAGGCGGUAGUAAAAAGAAGUAAAGUUUUUCCUAUAAAAACAUUAUAGCUAGAGAGUAUAUCCAGUAAGACACGACCGUCCCCCCAGCACCUCCUCCUCCCCCCACAGAGGAGUUUGUGUGUGUGCGGCGGUCCCUGCAGCAGCAAAAAUAAUCAAAAUAAUUAUACCCUUAUCUUUAACGCUCCGCUUUCUUUUAAACGAAUUCUAGUGUUGUAAGAUGCAUUGUUGAUUGUAUAUUUUAUUUACCUGUAUUUCGAAAUUGUAUACUGAAAAGAAUAUGUUAUUUAUAAUUGGGUUAUGUGAAACGUAUUCGAAAUAAUCUAAACUAUUUUAGACUGAUCUGUGAAAUUAGCAACUCCGACUCGGUCGGAAAUUUGCGGUUGAAAACGAAGCAAAAUAAAAACAAUCGUUGAAACAAAUCAAAACUAUUUGGGUAACGUAUCUGUGAAUGAAACAAAACAAAACAAAACAAAACAAAAAACAAAAGGCAGCAAUCAUUAUAUAGAUAGUUUUAGUCAAUUAUGAGUGGAGAAAAACGUACUUUCUGUUUGCCCAGCGUUAACGUACUAAUCCCUAGCAUAGCAUAUUUUAUAGCUUUUCCCAGCAAAGCUAGUAGGUUACUGAUGUGAGCGCAAGUUGAGUGCAUUAAAGUGAAACUAUAGAGAUCCAGAAAAAAAAUAUUCUUGCCUUAUCGAGGAAAGCAACGCAGUACGGCAGACUAAUACAACACUAUAACUAUCUGCUUCUUUAUUUUUUGUUGUAUUUAACAUUGAGCCCGUUUGCUGAAAGCGAACCGCUACACUGUUUCUAAUCGCGCUAUUUUAUAAAAACGCUAUUUUAUUCGUGUAGAUAUUUAUGGCCCAUCAAAUGUCGGUUUCAAUAAAAAUACAGAAUAAAACCUGU